GAUACCUGUGUAUUUAGACAUGGCGGACACUCGGCGGUGCCUGUGUAGUCGAUCAGAAGUUGCUUGCCUUUGACGUGAUCAUCACGGCAGAACAACAGACGACACAUGGGCAUCUGCCGCAAAAAGAAAGCGUACCGGUAGAACAACAAAGAGAGAAGCUGAACAAAAGCCUUCAGUUAUAUGCAUCAGAAGGGAUGACCAGAAAAGAUAAACAUAAAGAUAAAGGCCAGAAAACUAAAAUAAAAUUCUUAGAACAGCAGCCUUUGAAGUUUACAGGUGCAAUAUGUCCGUUAAACCUUGAGGAGCAAAGAGAACGCUUCCUCAAGCAUGGCAAACUGCCACAAUUUAUCCUCAAAGGAUCAGAGGAUGAAAUUGAGCUGUUGUACCAUAAGGCCAAAAAUCAAAUUCGGUUUGAUUUGUUUGGUGAAGCGGAAUAUAUAUUGAAGUCAGUGAAGGAGAAGUUUGGUGAUGCGGAGAAAUACUUAAGCAAGCAGUAUGGAGAGAGAAUCACAAAAGAGCGGGCGACGGAACUCCUCCAGGAUUAUAUAAAAGAAAACAACCUUGAUGGGGCCAUGAGUAUAAUUUGGUGCAAUGAUAUGGCAGCCAGUGCACGGAUGAUGUGGGUCGGUCCUAAUGUGAAAUCUAAUAAGCCUGAGGCCAGGAACUUCUCCUUUUGGAUAAGGAACUCCACCGACAACGUGUACAUCACAGAACUUGGGAUUCGAUGUCUGGCCAACCACGAGAUCGGCACCCAUUUUUUUCGUGCCUUCAAUGACGGCCUCCAGCCGUGGUAUAGUGACCGUCGGAGGUUUGGUAUCAAGGGUAUGGGCAGUCUGGAACACAUGCGAGCAGAGGAAGGAUUAGCAGCCAUACAUACUAUUCUGGAGGCCAAGGAGCGCUUCCUGUGGGGGCCUGCCAUGUUGUAUUAUACUGCCUGUAAAGCCAGUGGAAUGUCAUUCAAACAGCUCUUUGACCACUUGGGGACGUUUAUAUCCAGUAAAGAACAGCGAUGGAAGUACUGUAUGAGGGUGAAGCGAGGUCUUGUGGACCCCAAUGAUAUUGGAGGCUAUGGAAAAGAUCAAUGCUACUUUGAAGGUGCUGUUGACAUCCUGAGGAAUGCAGAUAGCAUUGACUUCGGUGUGAUGAUGAGCGGAAAGAUCUGUCCUGAUGAAAUUUCAAGAUGUAAGCGAGUCGCACGUCUUGACUGCCUUCGUGUGCCAGCUUUUCUGAAGAACGAAAAGAAGUAUAAAAAACAGCUUCAGUCCAUUGCUAAUCUCAAUGGUCUAAAUCAAGUCCACCCCAAGAGUUCGCCCCCAACUGCAUACAUUCAAAGGCUCAAGAGGGGCAGGCGUAUUGGACCAGCCAGCGGUAGUGGAAAGGACUGGGACUACAGUGGAUACAGUGAAAGUUCAGAUAAGAAGAUAAGCUGUUGGCCCCUACGCAUUAUUUGCAAGUAGUCAAUUAGCCUGCAUGCUUUGUAAUAUCCCGAGUUGUCUUACAGUGCCAUCACAACCCAUGUAUGGCGUGGACUUCUUAUUAACAUUAUGGGAUGUACCAAUAUGCCGAAGAUUUGUCGUAGCAUUGCUGUGAAGGCAAAAUUGUAAAAUCAAACAUAUUGAUGUGCCAAACACUUAGUAAAGUAUUACUAACGAGAUAAUCGCUAGAUCGACGUUAUUGAUUUGCCAAAUUUAAUUAUAGAAUUGCUAAAGAGAUUACAUUUAUUAGAAAUCACUAUUUUUUGCACUCUGUUAUAAAAUGGGCUUUCAACUGUGUCAAGUUUUAUCUAGAAAAAUAUUUUGCCAAACUUUAGUUGACACUACGUAAGUGCUAAUGUUAAUAUGUCAAGAAUUGUUGGUUAGUUAUUUCUACUAUUUUUUUAGUUUUUCUGAAAUAAAAACUAUCGCCCCUAUUUUGAUGAUUUUGGAUUUUUUCGACCUGGUAAUCAGAAUUAUUACAAGCAAAGUACCACAAUAUGCAUUAUGCAUCAAUUUUUAUUUCAAUUUCUCAUCGGUCCUGGAUACUAACACUUUUGAAAGUAUUCAUAUAUGUUAAUUAAUGUAGAAUAGUAGAUAUGUAGAUCUUUUAAAAAGGACUGGUUUCAAAUGGUUUAAUAACACCACAUACUUUUAGUAAAAGGAUUAACACUUAUUCAAGGAGAUAAAAUAUUAUAACAUUAAAAUAUAUUAUUCAUUUCUAGAUAUUGAAUUGUUAUUUAAAAAAAUAGGUUUAUUGAUUACUUCAAACAACGAUGUAUUUUUCAGGAUGCAGGAUCGGUACCUAGACGCAGUGGUUUUUCGAAAUCUAAACACGACGCAGGACUUAUGCCACCGUCUUUAAAAUUAGUACAAUCUACUUUACAGGACGCAGGUCUUGUCCCCCCUCCAUAUAGAGGGAGCAAGCUCUCCUGGCGCUCCUCCCUCUUCAAACGCAUGUGUGACGGAAGUGAAGGGAAAAUAACAACAUAAUAAUUGCAUCAAAUAACCUUUUAUUAUUAAUAACAAAAAUCUGGCAUUGAAUAAAAAAAAACCACUCACUAAAUUGGUAAAUAUUUUUUUCAAAUAGUAAUGAUUUUAUUAUUGAGGAGAAACCUAUGUUCACUCAUAACUAACGAAGUUUGUAAGAUUAUAUAUUACCUUGCACAUUAUACUUGUGAUUUUGUGCAAGAGUUACCUCCCUUACACAUUACUCCUGUGAUUUGUGUUAAGAGUUAUGCUCCUUACCUAACCUAACCAUUCAGAAUUAAUCAGCUGAUAUCAAUGCCUACAUUCUUGUGUACUUUUUAAAUACAUAAAAAAAAGUUACAUAUAUGUGUUUUGAUUAAUCUAGUCUGAAUAAUUAUUCACCAGUUUGACAUGUUCGUUUGAAGUAUAACUCUUUUGAGAAGAAGGUUUGUGUCACAGUAAGAUAAUAUAUAACCUUAGGUGAGGAAACCCCUAACAAAAAUAAAUUUAUAUCCGGGUAUAUACAUGUAUCUAGCCAUAUUAAUCCAUAAGUUGCAAGUUACAUGUAUAGAUAUCAUAAAAAAAACCCGAUAUCAUAUUAAAAAUGACAGCUGAUUUACAGGCAAUCAAACAAUUCAAACAAUCAUUCAUGAUUGAAAAUUCAUCAAGCAAGUAGUCUUAUCAGUGAGAUUGUAUAGACGACACUGCCUCAAUGGAGCAGAUGAUCACUGAUUAAAUCAUCUUAAAUUCAAUAUUAAUCAAUUUUAAACUUGCCAAAGAAAUUCCUAUAUGAUAUAUAUUUAUUUA